AUGGGUGGGGUGUACCGCGAGGAUUUUGCACACUCCCGUUGGCAAGCCAACCGCUUCUAUUUGGUGUCACAGGACAACGAGGACCCGGAGCUCCUCCGUCAGAAGGCGCGGAGCCUGCGAGCUCUUGGCCUGGAGCCCCCACGUGCUCAUCACUUCAGGCGCUUGGCGCAGCGCCAAGGUGAGCUCCAGGAAAGCCCGAUUUCGCGGGAUGCACAGGUCUUGAGUCGCUUGUCUGGCGAGUCUCGUAGCGCGACGACUGGCGGCAGUGCUUCACCAGGAGCGACGUCCGUGGAAGACGGUGUCACAUCCGCAAAGUACCGCCAGGACCGCGGCUCUGGAGACUCCACAGACAGUUGA